AUGUAUGAGGAAGUAAUUAAUGGGGGUUUGAAGGAAACUGAGUUGAUGGAAGGUGAUGGUACUGGUAAGAAUAGUGUAAGGGAAAAUGAUGUUAUGGAAAAUGUUGUUAGUGAAAAUGUUGUUAGGGAAAAAGAUGUAAUGGAAACUGAUGGAAAUGAUGAUAAUGAACAAGGUGGACAUGGUUCUUGGAGCUUCUUAUUGAUGACCUUGGUGGGAGAGAAAAGUACCUCACAUACACUUUUAUAUUUGAUCAACAAAAGGAUUAUUACCUACCUUGGAUGA